CAUGGGCGCGCUCUUAAAGCUAAGCUAGAGUCACAAACUUAGAGAGAGAGAGAGAGAGAGAGAGAGAGAGAGAGAGAGAGAGAGAGAGAGAGAGAGAGAGAUCGAGAUCCCAAGGCACCACGUUUACUUCAAACUCGGACUUUUUUGGCUCAUGUGUGUUGAUUGGACGAGCAGUGAAACUGUCAAACUGCGUGGAUGGAUUGAACAGUUUAAAGAGUUUUUAAUGACCGAAAGUAUCUGUGUUUAUUUCCAGCCAUUCGGAAGUCCUCUAACUGGAUAACUGAAUAUGACAACAUCAUUUGUUUUAGUGACUGAAGAAAAACGCUACAGUUACUCCAGGUCUCGGGAUGUUAACUAACCCGGAGACAGGAGUGGAUUAUACUCCAUAAUAUCUGCUGUAAACUGUAAUACACACAGGAGCAGCAUCGGACGCGCGUAAAAGAGAUAAAGUGAAUGGUCUGUGAGGCAUGGCGCGCUGGGUAAGCUGUCUCUUUCUGGGUUAUCUCACAUGGCACUUGUACGUCCUCGAUGUACGGGGAGAGUACUGUCACGGCUGGCUGGACAACAGCGGAAACUAUCAUGAAGGCUUCCAAUGUCCGGAGCACUUGGACACUGCGGACGCGGCGGUUUGUUGCGGGAGCUGCGCGCUGCGGUACUGUUGUGCUGCCACGGACGCGCGCCUGGACCAGGGCAGCUGCACCAACCACCGGGACAACGAAUACACCGAAUACACACCACAACCUAUCUACAUGCCCUUCCUGAUGGUAGGCUCCAUUUUUGUGGCGUUUGUGGUCAUUGGCUCACUGGUGGCUGUGUACUGUUGCACGUGUUUACGGCCCAAACAGCCCACACAGCAACCGAUCCGCUUCUCCCUGCGUAGCUACCAGGGUGAGACCAUCCCCAUGAUCCUGACUGCAGGGGCGGCACCCACCAGCCUGCGAACACCGUCGCGUCAGUCCAGCACUGCUACCACCAGCUCCAGCAGUGCUGGUGGGGGCAGCUCGCUGCGUCGCUUUUCUCUGAGCAGAUCAGAUGGUUUGGGACUCCAGCAGCCUCCACAGCAGCUCCUGCUGGCUUCAGCUUCAUCCAUUUCCACACCAGUGUCCCUGGCACCAGCUCAAACCUUACUGCCUCCUCCACCUCCACCUCCAUACUCAUCUCCACAGUGUCUGCAGGGCAGCGGCUCGUUUGUGCACACACACCAACACGGCCACCAUCAGAGCCUCCACACUGCCCAGAGCUCCAACCUCCUCCUGUCACAGCAGUACUUCUUCCCUCUGCAGCCAGAGCCGUUUGGUGGGAGUAAAGGCUUUGCUGAUUUCAGUCAGAGCUGAUUUGGAGCUCAGGACACUGGAGCUGCUGUUAACUUGUGCGACACACACUCGAACUCACUCUCUAGCCUGAACUGGAAUACAACACGCAGUGAUGCGUCUCUGGAAAAAAAACCAUCAUGUCAGGCUUUGUGUUGACAUGUUUUGUGUUUAGCUGAAGAGCUGCUAAAACUGGCAGGAAUGAGACAGGCACAUAACUACAGAGGAAAGCACAAUAAUUUGGGCUGGAACUCAUACUGGAGAAAGCACACAGGCCCCCAUUUGCACCUCUUAAUAAAUUAUAUUCAAGAUCUGCACUUUCAAUGCGUUUUAUAUAAAUAUUUCUCGGUCUCUGGAUGUGUGAUAAAAACACAGGACACUCAAGGAAACGACUGUGAGAACAAAGAUAUGCUUAGAAGAAUUAUUCUGGACUACUUGGUUCUCAUUCACUGCAUUAAAACAAAGCAAACCAGGGAUUAAAUGAAUCUUUUUUUGACAAUCAACAAAAUGUUUAAAGCUUACUAGCUAAAGAGUGCCAGGUGUGUAAAAGUGUAAAAGUGUGUUUACCUUCAUAGAACAAGAUGAAAAUACGUAGUAUGUCCACAUUGUUUGUCAGCACACUAUGUAGUGAACGAACAGCUUCCAACAUCGAGCCAUAUUUCUUAACAUUCCUUACUCCUCUUUCUCAACUACAACAGAGUUAAGACAGUUGCCUCUGGGACCGUUUUUCUUUUCAACUGUUUGUUUUUCCAUGAUCUGGUUUAGGUUUUGUAUUACAUUUAGCAUAAUUCAUAGAAAGCUGAAUAAUUGCCCAUAAUCGCCCUGGUUUCAGGUUACUUUAACAGCUACACGCUCGCUGCUAGAUUUGUGGUCAGAGCAGUACUGAGAACUCACAUUACUGAAAUAUCGGACCAACCGGAGCAGCGCGUCGUGGUGAAGAACGUUCAAGGACGAGAACCGUGCUAAAGCUCUGUUCGGCUGUUUAUUUUAUUUUUUAAAAAAGUGCAGAUUAAAAUGUCACAUUACAAAAAAAAUUGCUGUAAUAAAGUAAUAACUUGAGUUUGCUGUAAUAAAAUAAGUUUUAUUUGAAUGUGGGAACGGACAUAUGAUCUGUCCUUGGUAGAAUCUGUGAUUAUUUUUAGAAAAGACAGAGGAAGGCUGUGGUUUCUCUGAUCAACACUGUACAUUACUAAUGCAAGGUGCUUUAUUCCAUGGACAAAUUAAUAAACACGGGCCACCAAGA